AAGGAGCAGAGGUUUAACUUGGCUGACGGUUUCAGAGGGUUCUGUUCAUUUUCAGCUGGCUUCAAUGCAUAAGCGUCAUGGUGGAGCAAAGCUGCUCAGCCUGUGGCUCCUGGAAGCAGAGCAGGGGAGCAGUGCCAGAGCAGGAGCGGCCAGGACCAGAUACAGCCCCCAAGGUCUCGCCUCCGUGACCCCCAGACACAGGCAGAGGUGCGCUUUGCUGAUCCCCUCGGCAGCUCUCAAGCCAAGCAAGGUGACGCGUCCACAGCCAUCCUGAGUUUACAUGGAACACGGUCUGCCAUGGUUUUUCAUGAUGUCAUCCAUUCAUCAUUGUGAGCUGACCGGCCAGCCCGGGCUUGGGCGGCAUUCAAGAUCAGAAGGGGAGAGAGAGCCCAGGACAAAUGUGUAAAAGGCCCCUGAGCAUGUGCAGAUAUGUUGACAUCAGUUCCACAUAGAAAGACUUGGAAAUCGAAGAAGACAGUAAAAGUCACGAAGUCUUAUCCAUCCUUCCCUUCCCUGAAUGCCUGGGAAGAAUUCAGGGGCCUCCUGCCUGCGGAUGCAGAACUGAACUCCGGAGUGGGCCUAGGUGUAGAGAAGGGACUGCUCUGCCAGAUGGUUCGUUCUCCAGAAUUCAACCUAUUUCCGGACUCAGUGGUAUUUGAAAGCAACUUUGUCCAGGCUACGCCUGGGGUGGGUGCUGCAUUGCAGGUCAAGAGGGGCAGAAACUGGAAAAAUAUCUACAAAGCCUCCAACACCAUGGCCCUCGGGGUGACCUCCUCUGUGCCCUGCCUGCCCCUUCCCAACAUUCUCCUCAUGGCUAGUGUCAAAUGGCAUCAGGGGCAGAGUCAGACAUGGAACAGACCAGCUACAGCCCCAAACAUCAUCCUGAAGAGGAUUCUCCCAUUGAAGUUUGUGGAGCUGCAGGUCUGUGACCACCUCCAACGCAUCCUGCAGUUGAGGACGGUCACUGAGAAGAUCUACUACCUAAAGCUCCACCCAGACCACCCUCAGACUGUCUUCCAAUUCUGGAUCCGACUGGUCCAGAUUCUGAAGGAGGGCCUAUCCAUCACCACCAAGGACCCUAGGAUUCUUGUCACUCAUUGCUUGGUACCCAAGAACAGCAGCAGCCCAUCUGAAGACUCUAAGUUAAUACAGAAGAAACUCCAAGCCUGCCAGCCCAGCGAGAGCUUCAUGCAGCUGAUGGGCAGGGGCGAGAGUGAAGCCGUCUCUCGGAUCUUUGAGGACUUGCAUCAGCAGAAACGCUUCAGGAGCAACAGAAAGAUGAAGAUGAACAAGACCUGCUCAGACAAAGACGCUUCCCGGAAAGAUGACAUCCCUUGUACCCAUGACUUCAGCUGGAGGGACUCACUCAGUCAUGGAGAGUGGGAAAGAGAGAACCCCUCAGGGCUGCAGCCCCUAUCACUGCUCAGCACUCUGGCCGCCUCCACCAGGCCAAGGCUGGCACCACCCAUAGGAAAGUGUAUCUGAGCUGCCUUUCCCACUGGGAAAGGCAGCCCUUGCCAACGAGGCUCUGCAGCACUCAGCUUCGCGGCCCUCCACGAAGAUGAGGAAAAGAGUCAUCAUCAUCCGCCGAGGCAGCACAGCUUUUCCUUACUCCAGCGGCACGUGCUUCCCUGUCUUCGCCUCCACACACAAGCACAGCCCACCGCCCUCUCACAGCCCACCCCAGCCGGCGCAGGAACAUGAGCGCUCAGCACCCCGGAGCCGAGACGGGGAGAAAGGAAAGCAAGCGAACAAGACCGGAAGAGAGGCAGAAGAGAGCAAAACGGAGGCAGCAGGAGGGAGAGAGAGAAGAGGAGCCGCAAAGAGAAGCGCUGCAGACGAAGCAGGAGAGACUCGGAAGAACAGCUGAGGAGAACAAGUACAUCGCGGAGGGAUGCCUCUCCAAGGUUCUAUUUAUCUACUUUAAAACUUGAAAGUAAAGCCAUAAAGAAAAAAA